AUGGUGACCUCUGAAGGAAGACAACAAAUUGAAGGAGAGUGCCCGAUCAUGAUAGCCCAGCCGCUCAAAAGGACAUAUGCCAUUUACAUGGAGAGCGACGAAGAAUCUAGUGAUGACGAACCACCACAAAUCAUCGAGGACUUCCUUGCCGGUGUUCACUCUCGCUACCCUGCCAUGAACUUCUUACAAUAUGCCGGUAAACUGAAGGAUCGUGGCAUAUUGUAUUUGCCAACCGCAACUGGGUUUGAUAUUAGAUUCUACCAGAGCAAGAUCGGUAUGCCAGAGGGCACUGCACUUACCUUUCAGAGGUGUGCCUCCAAAGCUCACAUGAGGGUGGAACGCGCAAAGGAAAGGAGGAAGACUAAAGGGAAGAAGAAGGCACGAGCCCGGCCACAUGCUAGUGAUGACAACUCGGAGGAUAAGUAA